GCCUGAAAAUAAUUCUCUGUGACAGAAGGACAUAGAAAAGAAUAUGGAAGUUCACUGACCCUGUUCAGAUUAGAGAUACUCCUGAGACAGCAGACUGAAGAUUAAUAUGACAUCUCUCCCACUCCUGGAUGCCAAUCCCAUGGAGAACCCAGCAAUGUUUAAUGACAUCAAGAUUGAACCCCCAGAAGAACUUCUGGCUAAUGAUUUCAACUUGCCCCAGGUGGAACCAGUCGACCUCUCCUUUCACAAGCCCAAGACUCCUCUCCAGCCUGCUAGCAUGCUUCAGGCUCCAAUAUGUCCUCUGAAGGCACAGUCUGCUCCCCAGACCCUUGUGGUGUCCACUUCAACAUCUGACACAAGCACUUCAGCAAACAUCCCAACAGUUUUGACACCAGGCUCUAUCCUGGCCUCCUCUCAGGGCACUGGUGGCCAGCAGAUCUUACAUGUGAUUCAUACCAUCCCCUCAAUCAGUCUGCAAAAUAAAAUGGGUGGUCUGAAAACCAUCCCAGUGGUGGUACAGUCUCUUCCCAUGAUGUAUACUACUUUGCCUGAAGAUGGGGGCCCUGCAGCCAUUACAGUCCCACUCAUAGGAGGAGAUGGCAAAAAUGCCGGAUCAGUGAAGGUUGACCCCACUUCCAUGUCUCCACUGGAGAUUCCAAGUGAUAGUGAGGAGAGUGCAAUUGAGAGUGGAUCCUCAACAUUACAAAGUCUUCAGGGACUGCAGCAAGAACCAGCAGUGAUGGCACAAAUUCAGGGAGAAAAGGCACUUGACUUGAAGAGAAGACGGAUUCACCAAUGUGACUUUGCAGGAUGCAGCAAAGUAUACACCAAAAGUUCUCACCUGAAAGCUCACCACAGAAUACACACAGGAGAGAAACCUUAUAAAUGUACCUGGGAUGGCUGUUCCUGGAAAUUCGCUCGCUCAGAUGAGCUUACCCGCCAUUUCCGCAAGCACACAGGCAUCAAGCCCUUCCGGUGCACAGACUGCAACCGCAGCUUUUCUCGUUCUGACCACCUGUCCCUGCACCGCCGACGCCAUGACACCAUGUGAGCAGCACAAGUUGCACCAAAGGAGCUGCACUGGUGUCUUUCCUCUGUGUGUGCUCACAUCAACACCGUUUUUUCUUCUUUGACUUCAACUUGCCUUUGUGAUAGGGUUGGAGCAGCCCACUGAGCCAAGUUCAAAAGAUUAGAAGAAAACCAGCUGGUCUCCCAUGGGACUCUCCAUUGUCAAGAUUCCAGUUUUUUUUUUUUUUCAACCUAAUCAUAGAUUGAAUUCCAGUGCAGUACCCAUGGCUGCCCCUUUCACCAACCCUGCUCUAAAUGGGAAAUUUUUCCUACAAUAACACAACAAGAAUCAAACUCAAGGCUGUGAACAAGCAUACACUAUUUUUCCUAUUUUUUCUCUAGUUUUCUAAAAUUCUCAUCCAUAUAUUUUUUGUAAUCAGUACUUAAA